AUGCCAGCUAUUUCGUCCACACUGGCUGCAUCAUCAGUAAAUCCUCCUUCGUCGCUGGUCUAUCUUACAAAGCUUGUCUAUGAUGGUGUGCUUCAUGGUGUCGAUGAGGAGAAACGCUUGCAAAACUGCUUCUCUCGUUUCUCGGCACUGUCUGGCCUUAAAUCUCCGCGUGAAUGUGAACGUAUUUUCACGGAGAAGAGUUUCGAGCGUCGCGUGCCGUUGUCAACACCAUACGGCGUGAUCGAUUGUUGUGCUAUUUCGGGCAGAUUAAAACGGAAUUUGAUUCGCCGCGAUCCCUCCCUUCGUCAGUUAUGCAUUUUGACUUUGGCUGAAACCGGACCACCGAAAAUGAAUAUCAACACGUUGUUGAGCUUACCGCCAAAUCUGUUUCGAAUGUUUCUGAUAACGGCAUUUUCUGUCCACUGGAUACCUAUGAGUCAUGCUCGGUUUCACAAGGAUUCUUUUGAACCACCGACUCUCCCGUCCAAUCUGCAAUGUGUCUUUGAAUUUCUCUCCAUGCCACAGGUUUUCGAGCGCCUGUUUGAUGAAUGUCGCGAUGUGUUAACAUUUGUCGUGUGUUGGAUGCAACAUGCACAGUUUUACUCCAAUGACAAAGGAGCAAGCUCCAGCUCAACUGAUCCCAUUGUUUCCCGUCUUCUAUUCGGUCUGAAGAUUGCUCACUUCUUGCGCGAUUCGUCUGAGUAUGUACACGCUGUUCGUACUGUUCGUGUAACACGGGGUUUCUUGCACAUGGUUUCGGAUGAACAAACACGACUAUGGCUAGAUCAUGAGCUUUAUUGUAUCAUGCUACAUUCAAUGAACUGUCACAGUAUGUAUCUUGAGCCGGAAGACCGGAUUGUGUUUCAAAAAGAUGUCCCACGCCUGAUACGUUCGUUGCAUCGAGCCAAUCUGCUGCCGUGUCGACCGGACCCGAAAAGACCAUCAUCAUACCACAUUCUUCCAAUACAGUGUGCACGUUCAAUCGCGGAUUCCAUCGACGGAGAUUCAACCCCAACAACCGGCAAUUUUCUAUCUAGUUUUCGUCACACUCAACCAGAGCGUAAUCUUGACGGGUCCACAUUGGGGAAUCCCACUGGGCAUAUGUUGGGUCCUGCGGGCGAUUCGAUCAACUCUGGCACAUCUGGGUCGGUUUCACCGUCUCUUCACGAAUAUGGUUUGAAUUGUGGUUUUCUGUACGCACAAUUGGCCACCUAUCACUAUGCCAUGUGUUCUUACGAGGAAGCAUUUCAGUUCAGUUUGCUCGCAAUCGAACAAAUGCGUGCCUGCCCGGACAGUGAAUCUCGUGUAUCCGGUCAUGUGGUGAUUGAUGUGUUACGAAUUCUGUGCAAAAUGUGCAUGAUCAAACGUGAUUACACACUGGCGCUUAGCUGUAUCGAAUGUGGCCUUCGUUUCACGUGGUACGUGUGUGAACUGAACGGUAGCGUGUUCGUCAUGUGUCCUUUGUUGUUGUUGUUAAAGCCUGUGCGUUUCUCGUUGGUGUCCUUAUUACCUGUACUUUGUGACGUGUCAUUUGAACACUAUAGUGAUUGUUGUUUCACUUGCGAUUUUUGA